ACCCGUUCCUGUCUCAUCUGAGUGGCUUUCCAGUCACAAGCGGCAAACUGGGUCCAAACGGCACUUUUCGAAUUUUCGCGGGAGAACAGCCUUGGGGGCGUGGCCUAAAACCCAGCUCUCUGGCUCCUCCCCGAAGGUGACGCUGCGAGCUGGGUGGAUGAAGGUUUCCCGGGGUCUUUAGGUCGGUGGUCCCCUCGUGCAGAGCCUAGAAUACCCCCUUGAGACUGACCUUUUGUACCUUGUCCUAGUAGCUGUCUCGGUGUGGGGGAGAACGGGUGGGAGAGAUGGUGACCUGCUUAGGGGUACUUUGAAGACGGCAGUGUGGAUGGGCAUCACAGGUUUUCCUUCGCUUGAUGGAAAGACUAUGGCACUGGACCACUGAUCUCCAACACGCCCUAUCAAAAGAUUUUAUUCUGUCCAAAAUACUCUGCACUAAUAUUCUGAAGGAGCCAGUGUGCCUAGGAGGGUGUGAGCACAUAUUCUGUAGUGUGUGUAUAAGUGACUGUGUUGGAUCAGGAUGCCCUGUGUGUUACACACCAGCUUGGAUCCUGGACCUCAAGAUAAAUAGACAAUUGGACAGCAUGAUUCAGCUUUAUAGGAAGCUUCAAAAUUUGCUACAUGACAAUAAACUUUCAGAUCCAAAAGACAAUACAUCUAGGACAGGUUCAUUUGGUAAUGAAGAAAGCAAGAAGAAUUCAGUAAAAAUGUGGUUUAGUCCUCGAAGUAAGAAGGUUAGAUAUGUUGUGAAUAAAGUGUCAGUACCAACCCAGCCUCAAAAGGCAAAGGAUGAUAAAACCCAGGAAGCCUCCAUAUAUGAAUUUGUUUCCACAAGUCCCCCUGAAGUUGUUUCUAAGAGGGCUAAAACAGCUUCUAGAACAUCUGCAAAAAAGAAGCAGAAGAAAUCUUCAGCUGAAAUCAACCAGGAGGGGAAUUCAAGGCCAGAAACAGAAGAUAGUAGGUUUGAUUCUAAAGAGGAACUGAAGGAGGAAAGGGUUGACUCCUGUACUGAAGUACCAGUUAUGGAAAGUCCACAGGUAAAUCGUGAAAUAGACUUAUUAGCUAGUGGUUCUGUUGCAGAAUCUGAAUGUUCUGGAAGACUGACUGACGUCUCUUUACCAUUGGCUGAGCAUAUAGUAUCUCCAGGCACUGUGAGCAAGAGUGAGGAGACUCCUGAGAAGAAGGUCUGUGUAAAAGAUCUUCGUUCAGUAGGGCAAAAUGGAAAUCACAAAGACUGGAGCAGGCCUCCUGAUCCUGCUUCUAAGAAUUGUGAGAGCAACAUUCUGUGCCCCAGCAGCGAUGUCAUUAAACCAACAGUGCUUGCAGAAAAUAUACUCUUGGUUGAUUGUUCUUCACUGCCUUCAGACCAGCUUCAAGUUGAUAUCACACUCAGGAGAAACAGUAACAUGUCAGAUAACUCCUUUAGCCUUUCACCAGGCACACCCCCACCUCUGCUGAAUAAUUCAACUCACAGACAAAUGAUGUCAAAGCCUUCCACAGUGAAGCUGUCACCCAGUAUUACGGCCAGGAAAAGAAAUCACAGAGGAGAGACUCUGCUUCAUAUUGCUUCUAUUAAGGGAGAUAUACCUUCUGUUGAAUACCUCUUGCAAAAUGGAAACGACCCCAAUGUUAAAGAUCAUGCUGGAUGGACACCGUUGCAUGAAGCCUGCAGUCAUGGGCACCUGAAGGUAGUGGAAUUGCUGCUCCAGCAUAAUGCUUUGGUGAAUACCACAGGCUAUCAGAAUGACACACCAUUGCACGAUGCAGCCAAGAAUGGCCAUGUGGAUAUAGUCAGGGUGUUACUGUCCAAUGGCGCCUCCAGGAAUGCUGUUAACAUAUUUGGUGUACGUCCUGUGGAUUAUACAGACAAUGAAAAUAUAAGAUCAUUAUUGCUGCUACCAGAGAAGAAUGAAUCAUCCUCAACUAGCCAGUGCUCAGUCGGGACUGCUGGACAGCGAAGGGAUGGGCCGCUGGUGCUUAUAGGCAGUGGGCUUUCUUCCCAACAGCAGAAAAUGCUCAGCAAGCUUGAGACAGUUCUCAAGGUUAAAAGAUGUGCUGAGUUUGACAGUACAGUAACUCAUGUCAUUGUUCCUGAUGAUGAAGCUCAAAGUACUCUGAAGUGUAUGCUUGGGAUUCUUAAUGGGUGCUGGAUCCUGAAGUUUGACUGGGUGAAAGCCUGUCUGCACAGCAAAGUUCGUGAACAGGAAGAAAAGUACGAAGUCCCUGGAGGUCCGCAGAAGAGCAGGCUCAACAGAGAGCAGCUGUUGCCAAAGCUAUUUGAUGGAUGUCACUUCUUUUUGGGGGGAACCUUCAAGCAUCAUCCAAAGGAUGACCUCCUUAAGCUCAUUGCUGCAGCAGGAGGCAAGGUACUCAGUAGAAAGCCCAAGCCAGACAGUGACGUGACUCAGACCAUCAACACUGUUGCGUACCAUGCUGACCCUGACUCUGACCAGCGCUUCUGUACACAGUACAUCGUCUAUGAAGAUCUGUUUAAUUGUCGCCCAGAAAGGGUUCGGCAGGGCAAAGUCUGGAUGGCUCCUUCCACUUGGCUUAUCAGCUGUGUGAUGGCCUUUGAAUUGCUUCCACUUGACAGUUGAGUGUCAGACGGUGAACAUUUUAAGUUGAACAUGCAUGGUUUAUGAGAACAUAGCCAUUGUGAUUUGUUUGAUCAUUCACAUUUUUAUGGAUAGAUAGAGCCAUUUAUAUUUCCCCCCUUUGAAUUGCAAAAUAAAAUAAUUGAUGCUAGAUGAGGAAUUCAUUUAAAUGCCUAAAUUGCUUUUAAGAUUUUUUAGUUCUCUUGAGGUUGGGGCUAUAACUCAGUGGUAGAGUCUUCAUGAACCAUGCAUGAGGCUUGGGUUCCACACUAGGAACUGAAAGGGAGUUUUUGUUUUACAAGUGACCUGUGAUUUUUGAUUGAUCAUGUCUUUCAGUUUUAUCAGCAUUAAAGAUUAAUAAGUGAGAUGGCAUCAGAACUACUUGUUAAAUCUAAAAGUGGCCAAUCACUAAUUAAGCAUCUUUUAGUAAACAGAUUAUCAUAUGAUUUAUUCUACGUUUGUUAUAAUGAUAAUAGAGUUUCUGUCUAAGUGUGCCACUAUAGUUUAAAAGUUCUAUAUGCAGUUACCUUUUUCUUACAUUGUGUUUUAGUUUCUUUUAUUUUCUUGGCCUUCAAGUUUAUUUAUUUUUAAAAUAUGUAUACACAUCAGGAAAUCAUGAUAUGAACCAUUGGGUGUUAGUGACAAAAUCAUCGGUAUACAAGUGUGCAAGCUUUCUUUGUACAUAUUUGCUAUCUGGCUACUGUGCAUUUGUGCAUACCUCUAUUUUCUGUAACUGCCUUUAGUGUGACUAUUUCUUAGAAGGUCUUGCCAGUUUAGAAAAUUGUCAAACAUCACUUCUUUCUAUCAGAAGCAGUCUGUGUGUUGUCAAUCUUUCUGGGCAUUACUAAAUUAAGUCUCUGUAAGGGUCAGUCCCCUCCCCAUUCCUUUGUUUUUUCUUUCUUCUUUCCCUCCCUUUCUCCUUUCCUUCUUUUUAUUUUUGAGACUGGGUAUGGAACUCAGGAUCUUUUGCAUGCUAGGCAGUUACCUGCCAUAGAACUGUAUCUUUAGCCCAGGUUUGAUCUUGGUCUUUUCUUUCUUCCUUUUUAUUCAUUUAUUUAUUUUUGGUGGGUAAGGGGUUGGAGUGGGGGCCUUGCACAUGUCAGGUAACUGAGCUACACUACUAACCCUGUAUUUAUUUUGAGACAGUCUUAGUAGGUUAGCCAGGUUGGCCUUGAACUCACUGGUUUUUAUUUCUCUAUAAAGGUUUUAGGUUGGUGAAUAGGCAAAAGUUGGAAAUGAAUUGACUCAUAUCAUUUUCACCGUAUCUUACACAUAGGCCCUCACAGUAAAUAUGGAGGUGAGUGAGAAAAGCUUCCUCUUGGUGUGGAAGCAGCCAAGGCAGUGAAGUAGGGAGAGCAUUGCCUGAGCAUUGGCACACUGGCAGCUUACCCAGUCUAUCCUGUGUGUCCUCAUUGUGAGUGGACAGGAUCUAUAUCCAGCUUCACCGAGUAGGACUAGGAUAUAGGAUAUUGCAGACAUACAUAGUGUUUCCAUAGGGAUACUCUUCAAUGUGCUGGGGAUGGGGUGGGGUGCUGCUUAAGGGAAGUGAGGGCUGAGUAUAUAUAUCUUUGGCCUGUUUGCUGGACUUGGAGUUAAAGUCACACAGCUGAGCCACGCACGCCCACUCAGUGACUAGGGAUGACUCAUAAUGUUGUCUACAAAGACUUCUGCUGCCCUGUUGUUUGCUUUUGUAGCUGCUCAUCCUGUCUGAAUGCCAUCCUUCUAGCUCCUUUAUUGUUUUUCUUUCCACACUGCUGCUUGCUUCCGAGAAUUAGCAUCAAGUGUUUCUAGGUGCUCCCUUUGCUCUUCUCUCCAUUUGCGGAUACUUUCAGUCUCUGACUGCAAUAGAUCCACUUCUGAAAUAGCUGCAUAACUGUCUGUUGAACCAUUGCUCUCCUGGUCAAAUUCCCUAUUCGUCACUCAGCAUUCCGAACUGGUUUAUGUUAAGCUUUAACACUUGAGGUUGUACUUCCUUCUAUAGAAAUGCUUAUAAUUUUUAUUUUUUCCUAAUGGAUUUAACUUUUACUCUUAUUUAACAUAAAUCAUUAAAAUUAUUUGUGCUUA